CCGUUCGCCUGUUAAGUCGUGUUCGUGGUUUACCGUUACGUUGCUGCAUUCGUUCGUUUUACUUUUCAAAUAUAGUGCCGUUACUUAUUUUUUUUCUUUUGUAUCCCUCAACUUCUUGUGGGAUUGUGUGUGUAACUGUUGAAUUAACGAAGUUAAACAAAAGGAAACGUUUAAUUCUUUUUUUUUAAAACUGAGAUUUAUUUUGUGUUUGUCGCAGAGAAUUAAGAAAAUUGUCGAACAAAGCGUGGUUUCAAUUAAAAUUCAUAAAAAAACUACUCGUAAUGUAAACAAUUCGAUUUGUUAAAGCAGCAGCAACAACAGCAUCAAAACAUCUAUUGCCUUAAAGUAUCCUACAAAUUUAUAAAAAAGACUCUUUUUUUUUGCCAAAAUUACGCAUAAAAAAAGUAAAUAAUUAAACAAUUUUUAUAAUGGCUGCCACCACUAGAAAAUCAACAAGAUCAUCAUCAUCUUCUUCAACAAUUAAUGCCACCAAAAUGUUAUUGUAUUACACCGUGAUAAUCGCCUGCAUUACAAGUCAAUUCUUAUCAGUCAAUGCCAUACGUUGCCACCAGUGCAAUUCCCAUUUAGAUGAAGAAUGCACCUCCUUGCGCUUGAGUACGCCACGUGCUCCACUUGAUGAUCAAUUCCUAAAGGAAUGUGAUGGGCCCCAUGAAGCGCAGGCUUUCUGCCGCAAGACUGUGCUCACUAUCGAGGUCACCGGUGAGCAUCGCAUUAUUCGUGGUUGUGGCUGGCUACGGGAUCGUGCCGAAAUUGGGAAUAAUAGCUGUUUCACUGCCGACAAUGAGGGUUAUAAGCAAAUCAUUUGUGCCUGCAAUGAAGAUGGCUGUAAUGGCAGUUCGGCAUUGUAUAUUUCCAAAUGGUCGGUGGUUUCGGUCACUUUAGUGAGUGUGUUCAUGGCUACAGUAUUGAGAAGAAAUUAAGGGAUGCUUGUGUGAGGAUCUGUUUUAAAGAUCGUUGAAUUGUAAUCGAUUAAUUUCAUUAAUUCUUUUCUCGUUUUUCUUUGAUUUUUAUUUUUUCUAUUACUAUUAUUAACUAAAUUUUCAUUAUUAAUUAUUAAUUUUAAUGAUAAAGUGCUAAAUAUUUAAGCGAUUUUUAUUCAUCUAAUCAGUUUUAAGUUAAAAAAAAUACAAAAUAAAGAAAAAAAAAAUAUAAAAUUUUAAAAGAA